AUGGAAUUAAGUGAUAUAGCUGAAGAAAUUUUAAAAGAAACAAAUGAUUUAUUAGGUAAAAUACAAGAUAUAACUAAUGAAGCUGAUAAUAAUAAUGAAGAAUUUAUUGAUAUUUUAACAAUUAGUAAAAUUUUUAAUAUUGAGGAAUCUGCCGACUUUAAAAAACCUACAAUAUCCUUAACCACUCGAAAUUUCAACAAAUGUAUCAUGCAUAACCCAAUGUGUACUUUAAUGAGACAUAUCUAUAGACAAAGUUUGCCUCGAAAACUAAUUUCGAAAAUGUAUAUUUCGCGGAAUAUACAGAUUUAUAAUAACCGUGCACAACUUUCAGAACGUCCUCCACAGGUUCCUUCAUAUCCAAAAUAUGAGCGUUUUCGAACUGCUGUGCCUUUUUAUCAUAAACAAAUAUUUUGGGUUUAUACUAGUGCAGUGGGAGGACUCGGAGGAAUAUAUUAUGCGAGUCAUUUAGAGACAGUACCAAUUACUAAUAGACGACGGUUCAUUGAUGUCACCCCAAAGCAAGAAGAGAAAUUAGCACAACAAGCAUAUCAUGAGAUUAUGACGCAAUAUGGCAAUAAAAUUUUACCGUCUUGGGAUAAUCGAACGCGAUUUGUAAGAAAAGUUGAUCAACAAAUUGUAAGAGUAAGUGGAAUGCAAGAUUUGAAAUGGGAAUUUUAUGUCAUUGAUUCUAAAGAAAAAAAUGCUUUUGUGCUUCCUGGCGGCAAAGUUUUCGUUUUUACAGGAAUUUUACCUAUCGUUAAAAAUGAAGAUGGGCUAGCUGCAGUUUUAGGACAUGAAAUUGGUCAUCAAGUUGCGCGUCAUAGCGCUGAGAAACUUUCUUUUUUAAAAAUUGUAAUUUUAGCUCAAUUGUUCCUUAGUAUAUUUAUAGAUCCUGGUUUUCUUGCUCGACUCUUUAUGGAGUUUGGUCUUAUGUUGCCUUUUUCGCGAAAAUGCGAAAUAGAAGCAGAUUAUAUUGGACUUUUAUUGAUGUCUCAAGCUUGUUAUGAUCCUAGAGAAGCAUCAAAAAUUUGGGAACGAAUGAGCGUUGCUCAAAAAGGUUCACCGCCUCAGUUUUUGAGUACGCAUCCGGCUCAUGAAUCAAGAAUUCGUAAAAUCAAAGAAUGGAUGCCAGAAGCUUUACAAAAAAGGGCAGCAAGCGAUUGUGUACAUGAGUAUGCAGGUUUUAUGGAUACAACGCAACACUUUAGAAAACAAUGGGUUAGAUGGUAG